CCCCUUUUUUCCCCUCUGGAGUCCUCUAGACAGGCUGGACUACAACUCCCAUCAUGCCUCAGCCAGCCCGUUGGGACGCCUUGCCUUGACAUCGCCACUGCCCGUAGUUUUCUCUUUCUGCCACUCGCAUCCUGUUUUUGGUCGGGCAGGACGUCGCUUCCUCGGAGAGCUCAAGGCACCUUCCGUGGGAGGGAGGGAGGGACUGAUUUUACCUUGACGACAACCCUGUGAGGCUAACUUUGAAUUGGACUUCAUACUUGCUUAGACAGCCUGGAGUUUCCUGUUUUUAAGAAUAAGUGUCAUACUACGCAGAUAGCAAGAUGAGUUCCUUAAUAGAAACCCCUGAGCUGCCGGCAGUGUUUGAUGGGGUUAAAUUGGCUGCUGUCGCUGCUGUUCUUUACAUUAUUGUCCGUUGCCUGAAUCUGAAGAGCCCAACUGCUCCUCCUGAGCUCAUCUACCAAGACACACCUUUAGCCCGCUUCCUAAUAAAAUCGUGCCCUCUCCUAACUAAAGAGUACAUUCCACCUUUGAUCUGGGGAAAGAGUGGGCACAUCCAGACUGCUCUUUACGGGAAGAUGGGGAGAGUAAGUUCACCGCAUCCUUAUGGGCUUCGCAAGUACCUCACCAUGGCAGAUGGUGCCACAGCAACUUUUGACCUCUUUGAACCACUAGCUGAAAACAGCAGCAAAGAAGAUAUCACAAUGGUCAUCUGCCCUGGAAUAGCUAAUCACAGUGAGAAGCAGUAUAUCAGAACCUUUGUUGACUAUGCUCAAAAGAAGGGCUACCGAUGCGCUGUGUUAAAUCACCUUGGAGCCCUCCCAAGUAUUGAACUGACUUCGCCACGCAUGUUCACUUAUGGUUGCACUUGGGAAUUUGCUGCUAUGGUGACCUACAUCAAGAAGACAUAUCCUCAGUCCAACCUUGUUGUUGUUGGCUUCAGCCUGGGUGGAAAUAUAGUGUGCAAAUAUCUUGGGGAAUCCCACACUAACCAGGAACAGGUGCUCUGCUGUGUCAGUGUGUGCCAGGGAUAUAGCGCAUUGAGGGCACAGGAAACCUUCAUGCAAUGGGAUCAGUGCCGGAGAUUUUACAAUUUCCUCAUGGCAGACAACCUGAAGAAAAUCAUCUUGUCUCACAGACAAGCUUUGUUUAGUGAAUCUUCGAGAAAGGUACAGACUUUAAUGGAAACCGAUCUAAGCAGACUUCAUACAGCAACGUCUCUCAUGCAGAUUGAUGACAGCAUUAUGAGAAAAUUUCAUGGUUAUGGCUCCCUGAGAGAAUAUUAUGAACAAGAGAGUUGUCUGCAUUACUUGCACAAAAUCUUUGUUCCCCUCUUGCUGGUUAAUGCUGCUGAUGACCCUUUGGUUCAUGAUAGCCUCUUAUCAAUCCCAAGAGCCCUCUCAGAAAAACAGGAGAACGUCAUGUUUGUUUUACCCUUGCACGGGGGCCACCUGGGAUUCUUUGAGGGCUCAGUCCUUUUCCCUGAGCCCCUCACUUGGAUGGAUAAGCUUGUGGUGCAAUACGCAGAUGCCAUCUGCCAGUGGGAGAAGAAUAAAUCUCAUUGCUCAGAUACGGAACAAUCAUCCGGCCAAGAAUAAAACAAUCCCAAAGACUUUUCCAGGUUGUUUCCGACUUAGUUCUCAUCUUCUUCCUUCCUUCCUUCCUGCUUUUUCCCAGGCCAAACCUGGCCAUCUUCAAUGUAGGCAUUUGACCGCUGUGUUUCAUGCCAAAAUAGAGGUAGAACACAAGGUGUUGCUGUUUGGAACAGUUUGGGAGCAGGCUGGCAGGCAACGCAAGGACAAAACCCGUCCGGUCUCUUGAGAGACGCGAGAUGUUCCAACGCUUACACUUUUCACUGUUCCAAGAAAACAAGAGUAACCUCGUCUGGUUGUUGUUUUUGCAAAACUUUGCCUAGCGAGAUAGAAGUGUACUUUCUCUGUGGUUAUGUUUCACCUCGUUGCCACCUUAAGGAAAGGGAAAACUUUCUAUAUCUGCGGAAGAAACCGAUAGAAUCAUCUCUGCGGGGGGCCCAUCGGUGCAGCCGUUUGCAAAGCAGGGGAGAAGAUGGGGGAUUUUGAAUCUCCAGGGAUCUCGCCCACCCGCCCCCUCGAGGGAGGAGGAACCUCACUCUUCGAUGUUUAAUGCAUUUCAAGGGUUUUCGAUGGCUUUGAAAAACGUUUGGAUAAUCCCAGAAUUCCUGACUUGAGUGCAUUCAAUCACAUGCUUUGCUCUCCCUCAGUGGGGCUCUCCAUGUAGGAAGCCUUGGGAAACUCAAACAAGUAGCCUUUUGACCGUUGCCUUUUCCAAAACAAGGCAUUCUAUUUUGAGAUUUAAAAAAAAGUCAUGAGUGCUCCUAACCCAGGCCUUUUAAUACUGUCUGUAAGUGAAAAACCAGUGACCAUCAAAAGUCUGUAAAGUUGUCUGUUGUUUUUUUCUUUUAGAGAAUUUUCAUAUGCGAAGGAUGGAGAAAAUAAAAUAUCCAAAUUCUUUUCGCCUCCCCAGCAUACUACUAGAGCAGUGCAGUAAGAUUUUGAAAGCCACAAUUGUCUUGGUUUAAAGAGGUAGAUUCUUUUUUUUUAAUGUACUGUAUGCCUUAACUAUUAGUGGCUUCUGCAAUUCCCCGUGUCCAAAGGUGCUCAUUUGAAUUUUUAGCUUAGUGACAUCAAACUGAGAUUGGCAAUUUGGGGCGAGAUGCAAUAAUGCAGAUACUGUGGAGAAGCAGGAUUUUUGCUGCUGGAGGGUAGAGAAACAGAUUUUAGUACUGAGCAAUCCGAGCGUGGAAAAAAAAGCCACAUCUUUAUUCAGAUAUACACACAGACACACCCAUUCGGAAGUCUGGAUUACUUAAGACAGUGAAACGUUGCGAUUAGGCUAUUUUUCAACUGCAGUUUGGUUUUGAACUGUCGGUUCGGUGUUCCUUCCUUACGGCAUAUUUCAGUUUACAUUUGAAGAGUCAUUCCCCCUGCAUUAUAAUCCCUAUAAUAGUUAGCACUUUAUUGCUUUUACCUUUUAUUUUUGCUGCCUGGACACUUUACUUAUAACCAGCAUUGUUUUAUUUUGUUUUUUAAAAGCUUGUUAGGAAGUCUUUCUUGAAAAUAGGUGUAUGGGGUAUCUUCCCCGUCAGUUUUGAGAUUCUAAAAAGUGUAACUUAUGUCUGUGAUGAUUUCUUUCUUGUUUUUUUUUUUUUAAUUGAGCAAUAAUUGCCUGUAUCAGAGGGUUCUCGCAUCAGGAAUCAAAGUGCUGAAGGCAUUCUUGACCUGUUCAACAGACUCUGUGACUUAAGCGUAAUAAAUGAAUUCCGAUUCUAUUUUGCUCUCACAUAGGAAGCAUUGGCCACAUAUUUUUAAAAAAUUAAGUUUCUCCCCCUCCUCCAACCUCAUGGUUGCUUAUCAGUCUUCUAAAUUUGCUUUCUUAAAGCAUUUCUUGCUACUUUCCUGGAAACCAAAUCCAAGAUAAGCAUAUGAUUUUAGCUUCAGAAGAACAUUUUAAUGAUCUCAAAUGCUUAUUUCCAUUUAAGUAACAACCCCACCACCACCGCUGGUUUGAAUUGUUUUCUUUGCUGCAAUAUAUAAAAUAGGAAUGAACAUGAUUUAUUUUUCAUCAACUGAAAGAUAUAUUAAAAAGCAGACUCUAAGAGCCUGACAUUAUUUCUCAUCAUUUCCGUCUUCAGGCUAAUAACUUUAUUUAAAAUAAAUGUAAUAAAGUUAGGCUUUUUCUAAGUCAGUUCCUAAUAUCUUUACCUUAAUGGCUGGGAAUAAUAUAUUUCAACAACCCUGAAGGAGCAUCAGUUGAUAAAAUAAUUGCUGUGGAUUAAAAUUAUAAAAUUCCUUGCAAAUAAAGGCAUUUACUAGCUUUUAUGCUGAAGAGACUGUGAGAGUAGAGUUUGCCUUUAUCUUUCUUUUUAACCAGGUGCAGAUUUUGUGUGCAAUAAGACAAGAAAUUUAAUCCUUCCUUGUUUAAAUUUUGGUUGCAAGGUUGUGCAGUUGUGUAAUGUAGCAAUUUCAAUGAGGAUUGCUUUCAUGACUUAAAUACAUUUAGAACUAUUCAGCCCUUUGGAAAAUAAUUUUUGCUUGCUCCGUACUGUAAAUGUAAUAAGACUCUUUACAUGUCCCAGCUGUUAUCAGGAAAAUCAAAACUUUUUAAUAAGUCACACAGUCAGUGAAAUGUCUUUUAAGUCACAAAUUUGAUCUUUUCUGCUGCAUCAAUGAAAAAAAACACCAUAUUAAAUCAUGGUAAAUUCAAUUCUAAACCCCUCUCCUCCCCCUUCCUUCCAAAAAUAAUUAUGUAAGGAAUUCUGGAAUGAUGAGAAAUUGACCAACAAAAGAUAGUUGCCAAUUUAUAUAUCUAGGUGACAUUAAACCUCCUUUUUUAUUUUAGUGAAACAGAAUAUUGCUUGAAAGUUCUUGGAAACAAAUCAGGUUUUGUUUUUCCACCAUCUAUCUUAAACCCAGUUAAAAGGAAAUCUCUGGACAAGAUCUUUUUUGAGGGAAUUUCUUUGCUUUGCAUUUUCGGAAUUUGGUGGUGGUUCCUCUGAAGAUUUUUUAUUUUCAUACUGGAGACAUUACUGCUGAUAUGUUUUGGGGUGAGCCCGUCGUAUUCCCCCUUUUAAUGAAGGAUGCGGUGUUGAGAAUUGUAUGAGCCACCCCACCCCACCCCCAAAUGAGCUGUUGCAGCCCAAGGGUUCAUCUUGUGUCAACUUUGCCAGUUGACCAAAAGAUAGAAGCCAAUUCUUCCGUGGCAACCUUUGUGCUAGAAUUAAUGUCUUGGCAGCUUGUCUUUGCGUUAAAGUUAGCCUUGUGAUGGGUCAAAUGAGCAUUUCCCAAGUACAUGCUACUUUACAAGUGUUCCUUAGGUCUACAUGUAAAAAAAAAGAAAGGAGUAGCCAACUAAUAAGACUGUAUUUCAGCUUCCAUUCCUUUUCCAUUUAACAAUUGCUGAAAUUCAGCCACAUUAUCUCUGCCGUCUUUAAAAUAAGUACUGUAACAUUGGUGCAUUUAGUCUCUGGUAGCUUCAUCUGUAUAUUGUUGUUGGUUUUUUUAACCAGGGCUGAAAAUUAUGGCCCCAUCCUUCCAGGGAUGGCACUGCUAUUCCCAUAGCAGCUAGAUCAGUGCCUGCUUGGCUCCAGAAACAUUGCCUAUUUCUGAUAUUCCGAAUUUCUGAUCUAAAGGCGUAUGUGAUCCUGGUUCCCCAGGAUCACACAACCUACUCCAUAUAUAAUCUAUUAGUCCUAGAUACCUGCUUGAUGUGCGUACGUGUGUCAAAUUAAAAAAAGGAAAACAUUGUUUAAAAGCACACGUCCCAAACUGUCUCACACAGAGAGAGACCAAAACACGAGAGCGGGUUUUUUUUGCUUAGAUUGCAUUGUUAGAAUGAUGUGAGCUCAGUUAUUGUUCACUCCCUUUAGAUGUUCAAGAAUGGAGCUUCCAGUCCCUGGGUGGGGAUUUUUAUCAUAGGAAAAUACCUCAACAAGGCAGCUUGACUUCCAAUCGGAAUGAAUACCCAGGCAGUAGUAGUAGUGAUAAUCAAAAAAAAAAAAGACAAUUCAAGGGGUGCAUAUUGUAUUUUUUUUUCUCCUCCCGCCUUCUGUUUCUUUCGCAUAUGUUAACAUGAUGGUCUUAAUAGCAAACCUAACUUCACUUCCUGCAGAUAUUUUUAAUCAAGAGCAAAAGGCAGCUUGGUUGCUGGUUAGAGCAACCGUUGAAAAGGGAGAAUUUUUUGCUCGCUUUAAAAAGGAAAAGAUUCUCAUCCAGCGCUUGGGCUGGAAUGGGAGCUCUUCGCCUUCUUUGUUCUUUGCAAAACUACCUUUUGUGCUAUAUGUGUUUCUGCCUGGAAUUAAUUUGAUUAAGUCUGUCUCUUUUCUUUUCCUUGAAGUGUCCUUGAUGAAAUUCAUGGUGAAAUAAAAAUAAAUCAACUGGGGAGCUGGGGAAGAAUCUCCUUAGAGAACUAUGUUGUAUUCCAUUUUAAAUGUUCUGUUCUUUCUGCUGGUUUCAUUCAAGGGCACAAGCCCACACGGGCAGCAUUUGGCUAAGCUGGAAUGGAGAAUUGCCAUCCCCCUUCCUUUUUUUCCUCUUUUGUCUACCGGAGGAUAUGUUGCUUUUAUUUCCUUUUCAGAUCCUUGGGUCCUAGGACCACUAAAGUCCCAGCAGCUUUACUUGAUUCCAGUCUUAGUGGAACACAACUAUUCCCUCCCCCCACCCUUCAAGAUUCCUGAACUGUGGACAAAAAAACCCCUUGUCUUUGAGGGCACGGCGUUUAUGUUGCUUUUGUUUUGAUGUUGUAUCCAGUAAAACAUCUGGGCUUGUACAAACAAUCGUGCCAUUAUCCAGAGAGGUCCAGUUUCAUAUCAAGAGUAGAAAGUCAUAACAUUGCUUGAAACAUAUGAGAAAUUAACCCACUAAAGGGGUUGUAUCCGUACUUUUAAUUUUCUGGCCUUACAAGCUAGCGUCAUUCCAGCUGUUUAGAAUGGGUUGCGUUUGAUAGCAAAUCCAUGUAGGCGUUUUGGGAAAUCUGUUCUCCUUUUUUUU